AAGCCAAUUUUUGCGUCUUGUGCCGUCCGUCGCCGUCGCCAUUUCACUCACCGUCGUAUCCGUUCACCAUUGUAAUCUUUCACAGUCUUCUGGAAUCGAAAAUUUCCGAUUCUGAAGAAAAAAAUGAAUUUCUUGAACUCAGCAGCUUCCUUAUGCAGAAGAGUUAGCUUGAGGGAGCUCAUCACAGAGGUUCCUGCUUACGGUGGCAGUGGCAUUUCCGAUGGUUCUUCAAGUGGGUUGAGUUUGGUCUUUAAGCGUUGGGCUACUAAGAAAACCGCUGGUUCAACCAAGAACGGUCGCGACUCUAAACCAAAGAAUCUCGGUGUCAAGAAGUUCGGAGGAGAGAAUGUGAUACCGGGGAACAUAAUAGUCCGGCAACGUGGAACUAGGUUUCACCCGGGAGACUAUGUUGGGAUCGGGAAAGACCAUACGCUUUUUGCUUUGAAAGAAGGACGAGUCAGGUUUGAGAAGAACAAGAUAACUGGACGUAAAUGGAUUCAUGUUGAUCCUAAGGGAGGUCAUGUUCUUCAUCCUAUCUACACUAGAGCUGCAGCCGCCAAGUCGACUCAGUUGGAGACAGCUUCGUCGUCGUGAAAAAGACAGUGAUUCAACAAAUCUAAAGGUUUCUUCCUUUGUUAGAUCGUACGAUCUCUUUUGAGUAAAGGAUGGUGGUGUUUUAGACCAGCAACUUUCAGUUCAAUAACAUCUGCUGUUUUGUUUUAGUCUUUGUUUGGUCAAUGCAUAAGUUCUGUUCUUCAGAAGAUUGUCAACUUUUUUUUUCUGUAGUUUUAUUCAAUACUCAAGCCUCAACUUCUAUAAAAUCUUGCAAUCAGAUGUUUUCAUAAUAUUUGUCUAACUUUUAAUAUAUCCAAA